AUGAGUACAAAGUACGACCUCCAAUUCAAAGGUAUCUCGCACUUACCAGGCGAUGACGGCUUAAAGUUUCACACCCUGAUGAAGACGACCAGUGAUUUUAUAUUGAACACUAUGUCUCAACUUAACGAAGAUUACAAGAAAGUGGAUGUUGAAGGGACGAUCCAGAGUAUUCACAACUCGACCAUCCUUGCGGACAUUGCGCAAAUCACACAAUAUGGCGAGCAAGAGACAAACCUAAUACAAAUCAUGGAAGACCGGAAACCGAGUUUCGACAUUCUGGAUAAGAUCGACAAAGAGAAAGCGACUCUCCGGAUUAUCUAUGACAACAUGAAUAACAUCGAACAGCUCCGAGAUUUCUGUUCCCGAGUUGUCGACUUUAUCACCGCUGUUUCUGAUAUUCUGAAGAACGUCGACUUGUGGAAUUGUAAGUACGCUGUCUCGUAUUUAGAGAAGCUCAAAUUGUUCAUCAAGACGAUGGUUGAAUACAAGAAGUCGAAUUCGGGAAGAACCGUCAUCAUGUCGGAGAUCAUUCACACGAAGAAGAAUGGCGAUUUAAUGGUCAAUGCGGUAUACAAUUUCAUGACAAACAGAGCAUCAAAUUAUGGGAAAGAUGAAGGGGAAGUGAACAUCACUGCACUCUCCAUUAAGACGGGCUUCGAUCAGUUAUACGCCUUUGUUGUUGGUACUGCGGACGUGACCAAAGUGAAAGAGUUCAAAACAGCGUUGGACAAAGCUGAGGAGUUUCUUAACAAGGAAUUUCCAUUUGGUGUUGUUGUGAAUGUAGAGAAGAAGGACGUCGCCGAACAAGCUAUGUUGCAACUCGAGAACGCUAAAACACAAGACGAGAAGGACAAAGCUUCUAUCUUAUUAAUGAACGAAUUGGACAACAGAGCCGAGUUCACUAAAGACGAAAAGAAGAAGAAGAUCUUAGCCAAAGUCUCAUCCGGUAAAAAACAGAAGAAAAAUAAUUACAAGGAAUUACUCGUCGCCGCUCGAAAACUCGCUAACAACGUCGACGAACUGAAAGAAGUCGUUUAUAGUACUGACGUCGUCUCCUGUAUUGAUGCAGUCUCCCUCACACAAAUUAGAGACGAAAUGCUUGGGACUAAAUAA